UAAUAAUUGCAAAAAAAAGUGAAAAAUUAUAACAAUGACUACCACCACUACCAAGAAAAUACCCAACACUUAACAAUGGAAAGAAAGGAUGUACCCUCACUAUUGGAUAGAUAAAGUUAUAAUAUCCCUAUGUAGUAUAUAAUCUACCGAUAACUUUAAAUAAUGCCGAUUUAACCCAGAUCGAUCCAUAAUUUAAGUCGCGUUUUAUGAUAUGGAGACUUUUUCACUUUUUUUUCCCUUUCCGUUUGUGGCAAUUUUUGCCUAUUUUUGUUUGGCACCACUGUUUCCCCAACUAUUUAUAACAUAUGAUAAUUAGCAAUUCCUGAAUUUGUCAUAUAUAUAUAUAUGUAUAGAUAGUUAGUUACAAACAUAGAUAUAUCAACUAUAGUAGUAUUCUAUUGUCACCACUACAUAUCAUUACUAUCUUAAUUACAAUUUUCAACUACUUCAUUCAUUCACUAACUAAUUAAUCAUGGUAGAAAUAGAACCUCCAUAUAAAGCCAUUAAUACUCCAAUAUCUGCUACCAUCAAUUAUAAAGGAGCUGAUUUCAAAGCUCAAACUUGGAAAGUUCCUGAAGGUACUCCCUUAAAGGGAAAGAUUGUUUAUGUUCAUGGAUUUGCUGAACUGUCUGGUUUAUACGUUAAAUUGUUUGAUCAAUUAAGUACCUAUGGUUAUCAAGUAUUUUUCUUUUCUCAAAGAGGAGCUCCAGAAACAAGUCCAGGUAAACAACUUGGAGUUACAAAUGAGACUCUUAUAUUUGAUGAUUUAGAUUAUUUUAUUAAAUAUAAUUUAGAUCAAUCUCCCAAAUCUGAUAAAUUAUUCCUUUUAGGUCAUUCAAUGGGAGGUGGAAUUAUUUUAAAUUAUGCUAUUAAAGGUACUUAUCGUAAUCAAAUUAAUGGAAUUGUUUGUUCAGGUCCAUUAGUUUUACUUCAUCCAACUACUCAACCAAAUAUAAUCGUUAGAACUUUUGCUGGUUAUAUUAAUUAUUUAGUUCCUCAUUUAAAAGUUGAUUCAAAAUUAAAUCAUGAUUUAUUAACAAGUGAUGAAGAUUGGAAACAAUAUAUUAUUAAACAUGAUAAAAAACUUAUUGGUACCGUUAGACAAUUUCAUCAUAUGUUUCAAAGAGGUGAAAAAUUAUUAGAUAAAAGUUAUACCAAGAAUUUUAAUACACCAGUUUUGGUUUUUCAUGGUGAAAUAGAUGAAAUUAAUGAUCCAGUGGGAACCAAGAAAUUCUUUGAAACUCUUGAUUAUAAGGAUAGUGAAUUUGUUCCUGUUAAAGGAGCAAGACAUUCAUUAUUUAUUGAAAGUGAACCCAUUUAUAAAGAUAUCUACGGUAAACUUACUCAAUUCUUAGACUCCCAUUAGAAAAACUUUAGUUACUUAAAAUUCUAUUUACUUCCUUUUUAUUAUUCUAUUUUCUCUUGGUUCUUUGAUAUAGAACCGUUUAGACUUCUGUUAGAUUUGUUUCAUAUAGUUUAAUUAUAUAGUUGUUACUCAUAACCUUGCUUAAUGUUAUACGUACCAUCUUGACACAAAUUAAGCCUGGUGCAUUUACGUUAAUUGUAAUUGUAAAUUAAAUAAUUUUUUUUAUAUUUCCCUGUUCACGUGACCUCGGACAUCAAAAUCCAUGCCUCUCUCCCACCCCCAAACAAAACAAAAUGGAUAAAAGAAGUAU